AGAGCAUUGCCUCCCUGUACCCCCAUCUCACACACACAUUCACAUACACACACACCGUGUGUUUGAUGGGAAGGGGGCAGUUCAGGGGACACCAGGGAUUAUUAUUGUCUACCUGCCUGUAAAGGAACUAUUUGACUCUUUGGAAUUCUUGUAAAAAGGACACCAUGAGCAGCAACUACAGUGUCACUCUCUCAGGCCCCGCCCCAUGGGGCUUCCGGCUGCAAGGUGGAAAAGACUUCAACUUGCCGCUCACCAUCUCUCGGCUAACAGACAGUGGGAAAGCGGCCAAAAGCGGUAUCGCCAUUGGAGACAUGGUUCUGUCCAUUGAUGGUAUUGCGACUGAGGGUAUGAACCACCUGGAGGCCCAGAACAAGAUCAAGGCCUGCACGGGUAACCUCAGCCUCAGCCUAAAAAAAGUUUCCAGUGCUCCCAAACCUCCUCCGGUAGCACCUAAGGUGGACAGAUCAGACAUCAUAAAACCCGUGGCCGUCACGCAUCCGCCUUCCCCGCCCUGUUACAGCCCCGCCCCUCCCAACAAGCCCCUCCCCAGACCAUCAGAAACUCCCUUGCGGCUUGCUGCCUUCAUUCCAUCCCCUUCGUCGGCCUUCACCCCCGCCUCCACCUACACAAGUCUUCCUCCUCCUCCUCCUCCUCCUCCUUCCUACCUAUCCUCCCCGCCUGUCGUGGUCCCACCCCAGCCAUCCGUGUAUAACACACCCAUCCACCUGUACUCCAAUGAGAAUGCUUGUGAGGUGGCCAUGGGGCAAAGGCGGGGCCUGUUGGAGAGUCAGGGCGGAGCUUUGCCGGUGCACUUAAAUGGGCCUCCCAGGAAACACGUUGUGGACACAGACAUCCACUUCUACCACGUGCCCACUCAUGCCGACGCCAGCAGGAAGCGCAUCAUGGAGGAUACAGAGGACUGGCGUCCACGCACUGGCACCACCCAAUCCAGAUCCUUUAGGAUUCUAGCUCAGAUCACAGGCACUGAGCGCGUUCCAGAAACGGAAGAAGCAGACGCUGCCAAGAAGACAAAUGAAAAUGAGCCGGAACCCAACAGCCAUGGUUUCGCCACUGUCAAGACGAUGAUAAAAGCACCCUCAGCAACCCACGGUGUUGCUCGCCAGUCCAGUCUUAUCACACCAUCCUUUGGUAUGAAGUCUAACGGCACUGCGCCCAGGUGUCCCGCCCCGGUCCGACCCGUGCCUCAGCCCCACCCUAAAGACGAGGACACGCUGGUCCAAAUGGCGGAGCACUUCCCUGCCGGGACUCGGACGCCCAUGUGUGCACACUGCAACAUGGUCAUCAGAGGGCCAUUUUUGGUGGCAAUGGGUAAGUCGUGGCAUAAAGAAGAGUUUAACUGCGUCCACUGCCACACGUCCCUGGCAGACAUUGGCUUUGUGGAAGAACAAGGGUGUGUUUACUGCGAGCACUGCUAUGAAGACUUCUUUGCUCCCACCUGCAGCCGCUGCCAGGCCAAGAUACUCGGGGAGGUGAUAAACGCCCUGAAGCAGACGUGGCACGGCCACUGCUUCCUGUGCGCCGCCUGUCAGCGGCCCAUAGGAAACAACACCUUCCACCUGGAGGACGGAGAACCGUACUGCGAACAAGACUUCUACAGUUUGUUCGGCACGGGCUGCCACGGCUGUGAAUUCCCCAUCGAGGCCGGAGACAAGUUCCUGGAGGCUCUGGGCUACACCUGGCACGACACCUGCUUUGUUUGCGCCGUAUGCUGCACCGCUCUGGAGGGUCAGACCUUCUUUUCCAAGAAGGACAAACCUCUUUGCAAAAAACAUGCCCAAACACUAAAAAUAUAACGUGUUUUUUUGUUUUCCGGAAGUAAACAUUCAUUUGAAAAUAACAGUCUAGGUUUGGAAAAUAAAAGGUGACCUUUGGUGACAAAAGUACUAAUAUUUGUAUUAUAGUAAUGGUGGUCACGCCUACUUUUCUACUAAACAUAUUAUGGAAAAUACAUUUAGAAGGGAUUCGUUUUAAAUUUUUCAUUAGUAUUAAUCGACGUAAUCGACAGUAAAGCAGCACUUAUAUGAAUAAACGUAAAAGGAUCACACAUGUAUAUGUAUUAUUUUUUUUACUUCAUAUUUUAUCCAUGGGCAUUAUUAAAAGUUGUGCAUGUAAAGAAACUACGGUGCGUUCAUGGACUUCCGAAAUUAGGACCAAAUGGCGCUUGCCAAAGUGAAGCAUGUUUAAUGUAAACAGUGGGAUUUCUAACAAUAACUAGGUUUGUGUCAUGUUUGUCCUCCUACAGAAACCAUAUUAAAAACAAAAAUAUAUUUUUUUCCUAAUUUUUUAAGUACAUUUUCACUUGAAAAUAACAGUCUAGCUUUGGAAAAUAAAAUAUGACCUUUGGUGACGGAAGUACUAAUAUUUGUAUUAUAGUAAUAAUGGUGGUCAAGCCUACUUUUCUAUUAAACAUAUUAUAGAAAAAACAUUUAGAGGAGAUUUUCUUUUUUUUAAUUUUCAUUAGUAUUAAUCGACGUAAUCGGCAGUAAAGCAGCACUUAUAUGAAUAAAAAUAAAAAGAUCACACAUGUAUAUUUAAUGUUUUUUACUUUAUAUUUUAUCUAUGGGCAAUAUUAAAAGUUGUAUGUGGAAAAAAACUACGGUGCGUUCAAGGACUUCCGUAAUUAGGACACAAUGGAGCUUGCCAAAGUGAAGAAUGUUUAAUGUAAACAGUGGGAUUUCCAACAAUAACAAGGUUUGUGUCAUGUUUGUCCUCCUACAGAAACCAUAUUAAAAACAAAAAUAUAUUUUUUCCUAAUUUUUGAAGUAAACAUUCACUUGAAAAUAACAGUGUAGCUUUGGAAAAUAAAAGAUGACCUUUGGUGACAGAAGUACUAAUAUUUGUAUUAUAGUAAUAAUGGUGGUCAAGCCUACUUUUCUGCUAAACAUAUUAUAGAAAAUACAUUUAGAGGAUAUUCAUUUUUAAAAUUUUCAUUAGUAUUAAUUGACGUAAUCAGCAGUAAAGCAGCACUUAUAUGAAUUAAAAAUAAAAGGAUCACACAUGUAUAUGUAAUGUUUUUACUUCAUAUUUUAUCUAUGGGCAAUAUUAAAAGUUGUACAUGGAAACAAA